AGGCGCGGCGCUCUCGCUGGGAAGGGCCGGGCUCCUGGAGAGCAACUCCUGCGUGGGCACUUAGCCCCUCCCGUUUCGCUGCCCCGCCUCCAGGCAGGGCAAACCUAUAAAGUCGCGGCGAAGAGGGUCCCUCCCGGUGCUCUCGGUGCAGUCCGACUCCGAGGUCAGCAAGGUCCCGGGCCCCCUCUCAGGAGCAUCGCAAGCCGGAGUCAUGGCCCAGGAGCUGUACCACGCCGAGUUCGCCCGGGCGGGCAAGAAGGCGGGGCUGCAGGUUUGGAGGAUCGAGAAGCUGGAGCUGGUGCCGGUGCCCAAGAGCGCUCACGGCGACUUCUACGUCGGGGAUGCCUACCUGGUGCUGCACACGACCAGGGCGUGCCAGGGCUUCACCUACCGUCUGCACUUCUGGCUGGGAAGGGAGUGUACUCAGGAUGAAAGCACAGCAGCUGCCAUCUUUACUGUUCAGAUGGAUGACUAUCUGGGUGGCAAGCCAGUGCAGAAUAGAGAACUUCAAGGCUACGAGUCUACUGAUUUUGUUGGCUAUUUCAAAAGAGGUCUGAAAUAUAAGGCUGGAGGUGUGUCGUCUGGACUAAAUCAUGUUCUCACAAACGACCUGACCGCCCACAGGCUCCUGCAUGUGAAGGGUCGGAGAGUGGUCAGGGCCACGGAAGUCCCUCUUAGCUGGAACAGUUUCAACAAAGGCGACUGCUUCAUCAUUGACCUCGGCACCGAAAUUUAUCAAUGGUGUGGUUCCUCAUGUAACAAAUACGAGCGUCUGAAGGCAAGCCAGGUCGCCAUUGCUAUUCGGGACAAUGAAAGGAAAGGCAGAUCUCAAUUAAUUGUGGUGGAAGAAGGAAGUGAACCGUUUGAGCUUAUACAGGUAUUGUGACUUUGGUUGUUUUUU